UAAAUCAAAUAGAUUGUUUUUGUUUACCUUUUGAAGUUUGUUUAUUACUUCUUUUGUUUAAGUUUUCUAUAUUUUAUAAUAUAUUUUGUUUAAAUUCAUGCAUAAAAAGACAGUGACAUAGUUAAUAAGUUGAGAAACAGACAGACAAUUGUGAAAUGUGAUGGUAAUUAAAUUAAAAAAUUUUUUUUAGAAAUUUUUGAGGGUGAUAAAAACAAAUAAGCCUAAAAAGUUUAAAAAUGCCAAAAGAUAUAAGAAAACACAGCACAAUAUGGGAUCAUUUUACCCAAAAUGAGAAAUAUAAAAAAGAUAAAUUGGCAAAAUGCAAUUAUUGCAGUUUUUUGAUAAGUAUAUCUGGAGGAUCGAAUGGUAAUCUGAAUCGACACUUAAAAACAAGACACUCCCUAUUGCCCCAUUUAAAUGAACGAAACCCAAUGCCACAAACAUCUGUGAACCCUACAUCCUCUUCAACGUCCACAUCUACAACACAAGUUGAAUGCACUGCUCCUCAGUCAACGUCAAUAAUUGCAUCACAAUCACAACCAUUGAUAUCUUCAUUCGCUCUUCGUGCCCCACCUGUGAAAAAAGCACAAGAAAUCGAUCAACAAAUUGUGAAAAUGAUCGCCAAAGGUCACCAUGCACUGAGAAUUGUCGAGGAGCCAGAGUUUAGAAAAUUAAUCGAAAUGAUUUCCAACUGCCCAGGCUACAAAUUCCCAUAUAGAAAAAAACUUACCACAAGCUUAAUCCCAGAUGAAUACCAACAAUUGGUAAGUGACAUAAAAAUUAAAUUACAAAUGGCACCAGCCGUGUGUGUAACUACCGAUUGCUGGACAUCGAGUACGAAUAUGUCUUACAUCGGUGUAACAGCACACUUCAUCGAUGAUUCCACUAACUUGUGUUCAGCCUUGAUAGCUUGCAAUAGCUAUGCAGAUAGCCAUGAUGCUAAAAAUUUAUGUAAACUACUUGAAAGCAUCUUUAAUGAAUGGGAAAUCUCAAAUAAAAUUACUGCUGUGGUGAGCGACAAUGCUGCGAACAUCUUAGCAGCUGUAAGAUUGGGUGGAUGGCAAUCAAUUGGUUGUUUUGCCCACUCUUUAAACUUGGUGGUUCAAAAAUCAACCACCAAAAUUGCUAAUACUCUCAUAAAAGUAAAGGCUAUAGUUGAAUACUUCAAAAGAAGUGCGCAAGGUCUCCAGAAAUUGAAAGCCGUCCAAAAACAGAUGAACAUGCCCGAGCUAAAACUUAAACAAGACGUUCCAACGCGCUGGAAUUCAACUUUUGACAUGUUGGAGCGCAUUGUUAAAAUUAAGGAUGCUGUUAUUACCGUGAUUGCCCUCAACCGGAUCGACUUAUCUCUAGAUAAAGAAGACUGGAUGAUUAUAGAGGAGACUUUGCCACUUCUUAAGCCGUUUUACGAAGUAACUAAUGAAAUAAGCGCAGAGAAAAAUGUCACUUUGUCAAAAAUAAUAAUUUUUAACAACUUGCUUCAAAAGUUUUUAUCAACAUAUAGUUCAAAGCUUAAUGAGGUACAAGAUCUUCACAAAGAGUUGAAAGACGGUAUGGAUUAUCGUUUCAAAGAUCUUGAGAAGAAUAUCUUGUACGCCGAGUGCACUAUUCUAGACCCGCGUUUCAAGAAUAGAGGGUUCAGAAACCAAAGUGCAUUUGAAACAGCAUGCAAGUCUUUGCGGAGCAAAAUCGGUUCUUCUGCUCUUCCUCAAGAUUUAGAAGUAGAUAUGAACGAAGUCGAUUGUGCCAGUACCAGCGUUUCUUCUGAACAAGAACAAAAGACAAGAAGCAUCUGGGAUGACUACGAUUCCGAUUUCGUUAAUGCAAAAAGACCUCCUUCUAGACUUCCCGACGCAAUCAGAGAGUUCAACAGGUAUAUGAACGAGGAGUACUUAAAUCGAGAAAUUAAUCCUCUUAAGUAGUGGCAAGAACGGAGAACGACUUAUCCACAUGUCUAUAAUUAUGUUAUAAAAAUUUUUUGCACUCAAGCUACUUCUGUUCCUUGCGAGCGUAUUUUUUCAGCUACUGGGCAAAUAAUAAAUGACAGACGAACAUUGCUUAGCCCAGAACAUGUCAAAAACUUAGUUUUUCUACAUUCAAAUUUGUAGGUUAUUCAAAGUAAUUACAUAUUCAAAUAAGACAUAAUAACCUUACAUUACUAUCUGUAAAUAUGAACUAAAAGUGAACUGAUAUAUUUUUUUAUAAUAAUUAUGAUAUUUGUUUUUAUUAGCUAUAGUUUUUUUUUUCUAGUCUUGUUUAUUUUUAU